CAUCGUCGGUGACCUAUGUCGAAGGCUGGAGCAGAAGCCACCGGAGAUCCAGUUCUUCUUGAACGACCUCCCGGGAAAUGACUUCAAUAAUGUCUUCCGGUCUUUGGAAAGAUAUGAGAAGAAGAUGGAGGAGGAGAAGGGGGACCAGCUCGUGCCUCAUUACGUUGUGGGCGUUCCCGGUUCCUUCUACGGGAGGCUUUUCCCGUGUAACACUGUGCACUUCUUCCACUCUAACUUCUCUCUCAUGUGGCUCUCUCAGGUUCCACAAGGUCUCGAGAGUGAGCAGGGUGUUCCGGUGAACAAGGGCAACAUCUAUAUUGCGGAGAACAGUCCACCCCAAGUCGUGAAAGCAUACCAAGAACAACACCGGAGAGACUUCUCCACGUUCCUCAAAUCUCGUUACGUAGAACUAAGCAUCGGAGGGGGAAUGGUAUUAACAUUCCUAGGAAGAAGAAACAAACACCCGGCCAACGACGAGCUAAGCUAUCUUUAUGGAUUACUAGCAGAGGCCCUUAACACAAUGGUCUCACAGGGAAUCAUAUCAGAAGACAAAGUGGACACCUUCAAUUUGCCAAUUUAUGGAGCUUCGAUGCAGGAAGCGAAGUCAGUGAUAGAGGAAGAAGGUUCAUUUGAUGUGGAGAAAGCGGAGAGUUUCGAGUCCAGUUGGGAUCCGUUUGAUGACUCCGACAAUGUACUCAAUGGGAAGAAUGUGGCAAGCACUUUACAGGCAGUGAUGGAGCCCUUGAUUUCACAUCAUUUUGGGGAUGCCACGCCCCAUGCAUUAUUCUCACUGGUUGCCGAUAAUAUUACUGCAAGGCACCUCCUAAAAGACAAAUGCUACUACACCGUGUUAGUCUUUGCCUUGAGGAGGAAAGCUUGAAGGCCUGCAUGCAUUACAAGGAUAAUUCGCUGUCUAGAUAUAAGAACACGAUAUGUUGAUACUUAUUUG